ACGCUCUUUUCUUCCAGACCUACACUCGCAUCUAGACAUGCCGGUGUUGAAACAGCGCACCACUCGGCGGAAAGGCCUUAGUGGAGAGAAUAUCUUGUUACUUGAUGAAAAGACUAUAUUUUCUUCUGGAGCACAUGAAGCUCAUCACCAAUAUCCUGUUGGUAGAAAACAAAAAUCUGCUCUGGUGUCGUGGAGUCUCUUCCUAAGCUUUUUAUUCCUUUUAGCAUUGAUUGCUUAUCAACGCCAUUACUCUUUACCAACGCCAAUCCUCCAGGAUCGAGACCCUCAAACAGGUGCACUCGUCUUCUCGGAAGCAAAUGUACGCAAGUAUACAGGGCAUUUGUCUAAAGAUAUUGGAUUACGACUCGUGGGAACUGCAUCAGCAGAUGAAGCAGAAAAGUAUUUGGUCAAAGAGAUCAAGGCCCUUCAGCAACAGGCUAAGGUGGAAGCUGCUAGGCAGACCGAUGAUACUGUUACUACAGGGGCUGAAGGUGCUAUGUUCCCCAAAUUUGAGACGUGGGUUCAAGUAGAAGAUGGUUCUCAUCGCUUUGAUUUCAUGUCCAAAGUGGUCAUGAAGAUGUAUACAAACAUGACCAAUAUUAUUGUCCGACUUUCCUGUGGUCCUGAAUGUGACAAGAACGCCAUUCUGCUCAAUGCACACUAUGAUACAACCUUGGGUAGUCCAGGUGCUGCAGACGAUGCCCUCGGCGUCGGAGUGCAGAUGGAGCUGAUCCGUAUACUCAGUCAACAGCCUGCGCUCACGAAAAACAGUGUUAUCUUUUUAUUCAACGGAGGAGAAGAGUCUCUUCAGGAUGCAUCACAUUCCUUUAUCACCCAACAUGAACUCAGGGGCACAGUAAGGGCGAUAAUCAACCUUGAGAGUUGUGGCACCACAGGUCCCGAGAUUUUGUUCCAAGCAAACUCUCGUCCUAUGAUCGAUGCUUACAGAAAAGUGCCAUACCCACAUGGGACUGUGAUCGCGAAUGAUGUCUUUGCGACGGGUAUCAUCCUAUCUGACACCGAUUUUCGGCAGUUUGUGGACCAUGGCAACCUAACAGGCCUCGAUAUGGCAGUCUACACCAACAGCUAUCUCUACCAUACGCAUCUAGAUUUGAAUGAGCACUUAGCUUCAGGAUUGCCUCAACAUAUGGGGGAAAACACUUUAGCAUUGGUUCAGUACCUUGGCAACAAAGUUGAUUUGGCCAAUACCAAUUUGGAAAAGACUUCAAGCGUAGUCUUUUAUGACGUCCUCGGCUUCUUCUUUGUAUCCUAUUCUGUAAACACAGCAGUUCUUUUACAUCUAGCAAUCGGUGGUUUAGCUCUCUUUGCUCUCGUAACCACUGCUUCUAGGCCGACAAUCAAAUCAACUCUUUCAGUCUUGGUCUCUGCAGCCGCUUCGUUAAUAGCACCCAAUCUGGUUGCGCUUUUGUUGGUGAAGGUGGCUCAGACACCUAUGCGGUGGUUCUCACACGAAUGGUUACCUCUUUUGGUCUUCGGGCCAGCCUCCCUAGCUGGAAUGUUCUUGGUUCAAUAUCUAUUUCACGAUAGCAAAGCCAGUCAUUCGGCCAACGAACUAAGUGUCCUUUCAGGCAUCCAGUUCUUUUUCUCAGUAGCAAUGGCAUCCGCAACGUAUGCAGGAUUGGCCAGUAGUUAUAUGGGUGCUCUCUAUGCGUUCUCUUAUAGCCUCGGAUUGAUCUAUAAUCAAAAACGACUCAUUGGAGUCCAACAGCAAUAUAACAGUAUCAAAAACAACGACAACAGUGGCAUUAGCAGGAGCAACAGCAAAGUGAACAUGAUGGCUUCUGUGGAUUUCACUACCUAUAUCGUUGCCUCCAUUAUCCCUUCGACUUAUUUUUUUUAUUCUGCAUAUAGUCUCCUUGAUAUCAUGGUCCCACUCACAGGACGUACUGGUGUAGAUACAUUUGCUGAUCACAUUAUGGCAGUUGUCUCGGGUCUCUUCAUAUUCUCGGCUUGUCCACCCAUCCUGGCAUUUACACACAGAUUCGGCCAACAGGCACUAAAAAGGAUCAUUGGAGGGUUACUACUCCUCCAACUAGCAGUAUUUAUCCUCUCUUCUACAUGCUUGCAGCCAUUCGAUAAAAUGCAUCCGAAACGUAUCUACGCUCAACAUCUCCGGAAUCUCACCUCAGGUGAAACACUUGUCUAUGUAGCACAUGCAGACCCAGGUCCUAUCUACGAGAACUAUGUUCAAAAUCUAGAGCAACUCUUUGAGACGAAGGCCACGUGGAGGAGUGGAGUCCAAAAUCCUGGUGAUUGGAACGCUAUCUACCCUUUCUCUCAAUUCUUGGAUUCCUUUGUCUUGGAUACCACACCUUUUAUCCGUUCCCAAACAAAGAAUCAAACCAUUGCCAAGUCGACUAGACCCCUUACAGAGUUGAUUCAAGAUGCACCUAAACUCGUGGCCGAGAACGUAUCCUUUGACCCCCAGACAGGUCUUCGUCGACUUCGGAUCCUUUGUACUCAUCCAAACUAUAUCUUAACGGUCAUCAAUUUUGAUGCUCAAUUGACCAGUUGGUCUUUAUCAUCUGAUAUCCCUUCGAAGGACCGCUUUCAUUAUGUCAUCCGAAACGCGGGAGGGUACAGAGCGGAUGGGUGGAGGCUCGAUCUAGAAUACAAGGCUCCCAAAGGCCCUGAUGACAAGUUACGCGUUGAGAUCACGUCAAUGGAGACAGAGGGCUUCGACUGGCGUGCAGAAAGUGAACGUGAAUUAGUGGGCAGUGGAGAGAUAGGGGUAAUGCGAAAGUUGGUCAAAGCUACACCCGAUUUUAUAGCAUUGACUUAUUUCAGUACUGUCGCUAGCACAUUUGAGCUGUGAGUUUUGAUCACAAUCUUAAAAAAUAAAAAAUAAAAAAAUAAAAAUUCGCGCGUC